GGCACUUACGAAGCAGUUUUUCCCGGACAUCGUGUUUUUGAUCUUUUGCUGCAGGUGUAUUCGAAGAAGAAAAUGGUCAAUGAAGCGUUUGAUGCUUGCAGAUACUUGGGAGAUCAUGGGCUAGAUGCUAAUUUAAUUAGCUUUAACACAAUGCUUCAUGUUUCACAGAGUUCUGAUCAGAAUAAUUUGGCUUGGAAGAUAUUUGAAUAUAUGUUUGUAAGAAGAAUAUACCCAAACCAAACAACGACUGAAGUUAUGAUUGAUGUGAUGCUCAAGGAAGGGGUUUUGCCAAAGUUAGUGAGUGUUUUGGAUAGAAUUCAUGGGAGUAGAUGUGCCCCUGGCAUUAUUGUGAACACUACACUGGCGUUUAGGAUCAUUGAGGAGGAUAGGGCUGAAGAAACAAUCACUCUUUUGAAGAGAAUGCUGCAAAGAAACAUGAUGUUUGAUGAUAUUGCAUACUCUUUGAUUGUAACUAGCUAUUGCAAGUUGUGCAAACUAGACUCGACACUUCAAUCCAAGGACGAAAUGAUCAACAGGGGAUGCAGCUUGAAUUCAUAUGUUUACACUUGUCUAAUAGGAUUUUAUUCUCAGGAAGAAAGAAUCGAAGAGGGUGUUCAAAUGAUGGAAGAGAUGAGCUCAAUAGGACUGAAACCAUAUGAUGAGACAUAUAAUCAUCUGAUAAUUGGUCCAACUCUGACAUCUUUGUUGAACAUGGGGCUUGUCCCUGAUCAAGAAAUAUACUUGAUUCUAAUUGAUGGCUAUGGAACAACUGGAGAUUAUCAGAAAAUCAUCACACUUUACUAUGAGAUGGUGCAUAUGGGUCUUGAGCCCAAUGUAAGGUUCUAUAAGUCCUUGGUUCAAAACCUCUGCAAAUGUGGACAAAUGAGUGAAGCUGAGAAAUUUAUUGGCAUUUUGGGGCGGAAAGGUUUGACCCCUACUAAUUGUAUGUAUAAUUCAUUGAUCAUAGCAUAUUGUAACAGAGGCAGUAUACAGAGAGCACUUAUUUUCUAUGAGAUGAUUCAAAUGGAGUUGGUGCCAUGUUCAGAUGCUUUCAUGCUUCUAGCAAAAAAAAAUGCUAGAAGUUGA